CUUUUGAGCUUUACGUGUUUACUGCUAAUUGUGAUUUUCAAUUUUUAGCCGUAAAUAGUAAAUAUCGGUGAAAAACGAAACAUUCCAAAGUAUUUUUAUUAACAAACAAUAUAAUCGUUGCAAAAGCAGAUUCACAAUGGAAUCGUCAUAUCAAGGAGGAGUUUCUUUUGAAGACAACGAUAAUUAUCAGCGAUUAUCGCAGACAAUUACGAGCAAUAUCAAGAAAAUAUCUCAAAAUGUCUCCUCGAUGUCCAAGAUGGUCAAUCAGCUGCAGACCCCGCAGGACUCCCAGGAGCUGCGGAAGCAAUUACGGCAGAUACAGAACUAUACACAGAAGCUGGCCAAGGAUACGUCAUCUAUGAUUAUGGAACUGAUGAAGCUACCAGCUGACAACCCAGCAAACAAAUUGAACCGUGUUAGACUCAGCGACGAGUAUAUGGCUACACUCAACGCAUUCCAGGAAGUCCAAAGGUCCGCUGCUAAGAAGACGAAAGAUGACGUCAAGAAUAUCAAGGGACAACACAUCAACAUUGGCGAUCCGUUUGCAGUUGGUGGCAACAAGGAGCAGCUGGUGGAAAUGGACGAGACGAAUGUGCGUAAGCAGGAACAGAUCAACAUACAGACUGAGCGAGAACUCCAGGAGCUGGAGGAGAGAGAGCAGGAUAUUAGACAGCUGGAGAGUGACAUAAUGGACGUGAAUCAGAUAUUCAAGGAGUUGGGAGCGAUGAUACACGACCAGGGUACAGUGGUUAACUCCAUAGAGUCGAGCGUCGAGUUCGCCUCGCAGAACAUUGAGGCCGGCACGCACGAGUUGAGCCACGCUGCUAAUUACAAGAACAAGCUAAGGAAGAAGAAAGUUUACCUAGCCAUCAUAUUGAUCAUAGUUAUAUCAAUAAUUCUGAUCAUUAUAUUCCGUUCCUAAAAUAUUUGUCUUACAUUGUCAGAGAACCUAGUUUAUAAGCAAUGUUCUCAUAAUUAACAAUCCUACAAGGCUGCAUUUUCGUGUGGUCGAAAUUAAAACUAAUUUUUCCAUCUCGUAAAGUAUGACAUGCAUGGCUUCACUCCUGUCAAAGUCAGCCAACGAUCAUUAUCCUUGUUGUUUAAAAAAAUACGCUGCAAAUUUUAAUGACAG